UCCACAAACAUUCAGCGAAGAAGACGGCAGGAUGGAGGAGGAACUGAAGUGCCCCGUAUGCAAAAGGAUCUACAACAAUCCCGUGCUUUUGCCAUGUUUGCAUUCUAUGUGUCUAAACUGUGGAGUACAUAUCCAGCAACCAGCGCAGCAAGUUUUGUCAGGAAACGAGGACGCUCAGACGGUGAUCUCGGAAGGCUCGUACGAGGGCUCGACCGGCGACAGCCCGAAUGUGGACACCUUGAGCAUCGUCAGCGAAACUGACAGCGGCGUGGUCGUCAACAGCCGACCGAACAGCUAUGUCGGCACACCGAACAUCCAUGGCAUGAUCUUUCCGCCACUGCCGGCGAACUCGCUGGCGGUGACGUGCCCCGUCUGCCACAAGACGGUGUAUUUCGACGAAAACGGCGUGCAAAACCUACCGAAGUCGCGCGCUCUUCAGUCGAUCAUCGACAGAUAUCGCGAGUCCAAGAAUCUCGUCGUGAAGUGUCAGCUGUGCGAGGGCGAGCCGGCCGACGCGUCGCUGAUGUGCGAGCAGUGCGAAGUCUUCUACUGUGCGCCGUGCAAGGACAACUGUCACCCGGCGCGCGGUCCCCUCGCCGCACACACCCUCCUCAACCCGACGCAGGGUCGCGAGAAGCUGAAAAGCAAGAAUAAGGUGCGGGAUGCGCGCUGCGCGGAGCACGCUGACGAGCAUCUCAGCAUGUACUGCAUGUUGUGUAAGAUGCCCGUCUGUUACCUGUGUUUGCAGGACGGGAGACACAACAGCCACGACGUGCAGGCACUUGGUGCCAUGGGCAAGGCACAGAAGAGUUCCCCGUCGUUUGGCUCCGUGUACUGUGAUGUAAUGCAGAGGGCUCCAUAUGAGAAUAUUCUCAAACUUUCAGGCCUGCCCGUUGUGUCUCUAUCGCCCGAAGCCGGUUUCGUAACAGCACAAAUUAAACUCG